ACUAGACGUAACUUCCGUAAACAGAACCAGGAAAUAAAAUUCGCAUGGUUUUUAUGAGGUGUAUUUCAUUAUGUAUGCGUUGACAUUUAAAAUGACGUAUUUCUUAACAAAUUGUUGAUGAUUUUCAAUAUGGCGGCGGACAUCGAUAUGUCAGAAGAUUGUGCUUUACCAUCGAAAUACGGCCACAUCCCUCUGGAAGCAUUGAAUGCAAGUUGCAGGAGACAGCUAGCCUUGCAUUUAAAUUUAGAAGGAUCUUUUAAUGAAGACAUUAACUUGAUGAAUGACUACAGGGGACUGGCAGAAAUGGCUGGGUUUGGUUAUUUAGAAAUCAAAAACUUUGAAAGGGAGAGAAGCCCAACAGAGCAGCUGCUUGCUGACUGGACAGGGCGAGCAGAUUUGACGCCUACUGUAGGGAAUUUAUGGAAACAUUUGUUGACAUUGGAAAGAUUUGAUGUUCUCACAGAUACUAAAAACCUCAUAGAGAGAGAUUGUAACAAAUAUCUUGAGAACAAAGCAAGAUUUCAAACAAGUCAAAAGCCAAUUCAGGAUAACACAGUGUCACAAACAUUAGAUCAUAACGUGGAUGAAUCUGUUAUCGUAUCUGUGGAUGACGUUAUAAAUGGAAUCCCUACCAUAUAUGAUGCAUUUAUCUGCUACAACCCAGAAGGCGAGGACUUGGCAUUUGUCCGUCAGCUAAUUGAGAUACUGGAGGUGGAAAACGGUCUCAAACUCUUUGUUCCGUGGAGGGAUGAUCUACCUGGUGCUUCACAUAACACAGUUUGUGCAAAACUUAUUGAACACAGAUGUAAGAGGAUGAUAAUAGUUAUAUCCCCUAGCUAUCUAACUAGCCCAGCAUGUGAUUUCCAGACAAAAUUUGCCCAUGGCCUUUCACCAGGCUCUCGAAAUAAAAAGCUCAUACCCGUGUUGAUAGAAGAUUGUACUAUACCUGAAAUACUACGCCAUGUCACAUGCUGCAAUUACACCAAGAAGGAGCUACUUGAAUGGUUUUGGAAAAGACUUGUCCAUUCACUGAAGGCACCUCUAAAUCCUGCAGAAUGCCGGUUCCGCAAUCAAAGCGAACUGAACCGGUUAAGUCUUGACACUUCAUCGUCCGUGUCGUGCUGGUCAGGUUCCAGUUCAAGCUCUGGUGCAACAUCAUCAAGCUCUGGUUCAAGUUUAUCAAGUACAGGAUCCUCUACCCAACCGUCAGGUUCUGCACCUGAAACAAGAGGCAGUGAUUAUCUGCAGCCGACGGCAGCAUACCCUACUUACCUGGAACUUUUGUCAGCUUCUCCACCGUUGCCAAGGCGAUCUAACGAUUAUGAGCACAUCAGUAAUAUUCGCCGCGCAAAUAAUAACACUUCAAAUGGAACAGCUGUUGCUGGGCAGAAUGCACAUCAUUACACACAGCCUAUAGCUUCGCAAAACAGAAGUCAGUCGCCUAGCAACAUGUCAAACAGGGGUAAUGAAACAUUGCAGAAUAACAGCUCAAUGCAAAUAAAUGGACAAUAUCAGCAGCUUAUUUCCCCACUGGCCAGACAGGACCAGUCAUCAAGGGGAAGUUCCCCAGCUAUAAACAGGAGGCCCGUGCCACCAAUCCCAACAGAAACUUCUACACAACAAAAAGAACAGAAAGAAUAUUUCUGCUGAAAGUAACAUUACUUUCAUUACAUAUAUGGCAUAUCAUGAUACUGUAAUGUGUUUACACAUUCAGAUUUAAUAUUCUAAUAUUACAAUGCUCAAGUUUAAUGCUGCAUACUAACAAAGAUGUCACAAUGUUCUACUUGUAGCAAAUAAGGAGUAAGUGCAGCAGCAUUUGACUUACUAUUUUGCUGUUUAAGACGGACAAUAACUUAUAGAUAAUUAUAUAUCAGAAAGACAUUUUAUUUGGGUAAAACACUAAUUAUAAAUUCCUUAUGCAGUACAAAAUUUUCCUUGUAUGUGUGACAAUAACCCUCCUUGUUGUGUUAGUAAGUUAAAACCUGUUGCGCUAUAUAGGAUAAUGUUUCAGAAGACUUAUUUUCGAACUCAGAAGGUGAAAAGUAGAAAAUAUUUUACACUUUGUUAUUUUGACUUUGUUUCAUCUCCGACACAUGAUCAUGUUGUUUGUCAUGUCGUAUCCUUUACAAGAUGCGCAUCAUUUCUAAUGCUCAGGGUGGCCAACCCACAUGACUUUUGGAUAAGAAAAUGUCUUGAUUUACGUAGCAUUUUGCCUAUAUUUUCCUUAUUACUUGACUUAUUUUCAUAAAGUGCGUCAAAGACAGCAAAACUCAGUACUUUUCUCCACACAAAGUGUCUGCCAUCAGCUGUCAGUACUUUUCUAAAAUACUUCUCCCAACAGCUUUUCAUGGACUAACUAUGUUGAUAACAUAUACAUUUCCACAGUUGAAUGAAGUGUUUGAAAAACUAAUGAGAAUUGAUUGCAGACAUUUAGUAGAGAGGAAAGCACUCAUUUUGCUGUUUUCGACGCGCAUUAUCCUUUGAAAAUCCAGUAAGCAGUAAGGAAAAUAUAGGCAAAAUGUCACCUUAAAUGGAACAUUUUCUGCAUUUGAACAGUAUCCAAAAGUCACCCUGAAUGUUGGGAAUAGAUGAAAUUGACUAGACAGUACAAAAAUAGUUUGAUUGUUGAUACAGACCUACUUGGAAAAUUUUAUUCAAACAGCUAAUGUUUUUAAAGUAUGGGAAGUAAAAAUGAUUUUCAGCUGUUCUGCUUAUUUCUCGCAUUUCUGCCAAGUUAGAGAAUUGGAGGGUCUGUGAUCUGAACUGCUAUAUCAUUUCAAAUUUAGCUUACAAGUAUGUGAGGGCAUUGUAAAGAGAUCGGAAUGCAUCAGAUGAGGCCUAAAAAAAUGCUUUGUUUCCAGUAACAUGCUCAAGAAAAUUAGUGUAGGUAGGUCGGAAAAUGGUUCUAUUUUUGGAAUUUGUUUUUAUUAAGUGAGACUUUUCGAAAAUUAUUUUUGUGUCAAAAAAUGAAUACAAAUAAGGGGGUUAUGCCUUUAGAGCAUCAGUAAGUUGAUUUCUAAUAUCACUGACCAUGUUUAAAGCAUAAAAAGUGCAGUUUUGCAACUUUUUAUUAAGAAGUUGAAAAAAAAAUUCUCCAAGGCCAUAAAAACAUUUAGGGUCUGGCCAAAAAUUUAGGGUAGGUCGGGAUACGGGAAACAAACAGUUCUUUUUUUUUAGCUCACCUGUCACAUAGUGACAAGGUGAGCUUUUGUGAUCACGCAGCAUCCGUCGUCCGUGCGUUAGUCCGUCCGUCCGUUCGUAAACUUUUGCUUGUGACCACUCUAGAGGUCACAUUUUUUGUGGGAUCUUUAUGAAAGUUGGUCAGAAUGUUCAUCUUGAUGAUAUCUAGGUCAAGUUCGAAAGUGGGUCACGUGCCAUCAAAAACUAGGUCAGUAGGUCUAAAAAUAGAAAAACCUUGUGACCUCUCUAGAGGCCAUAUAUUUCACAAAAUCUUCAUGAAAAUUGGUCAGAAUGUUCAUCUUGAUGAUAUCUAGGUCAAGUUCGAAACUGGGUCACAUGCCAUCAAAAACUAGGUCAAUAGGUCUAAAAAUAGAAAAACCUUGUGACCUCUCUACAGGCCAUAUAUUACACAAGAUCUUCAUGAAAAUUGGUCAGAACGUUCACCUUGAUGAUAUCUAGACCAAGUUCGAAACUGGGUGACAUGCCUUCAAAAACUAGGUCAGUAGAUCUAAAAAUAGAAAAACCUUGUGACCUCUCUAGAGGCCAUAUAUUUCAUGAGAUCUUCAUGAAAAUUGGUCAGAAUGUUCACCUUGAUGAUGUUAAGGUCAAGUUUGAAAGUGGGUCACGUGCCGUCAAAAACUAGGUCAGUAGGUCAAAUAAUAGAAAAACCUUGUGACCUCUCUAGAGGCCAUAUUUUUCAUGGGAUCUGUAUGAAAAUUGGUCAGAAUGUUCACCUUGACGAUAUCUAGGUCAAGUUCGAAAGUGGGUCACGUGCCAUCAAAAACUAGGUCAGUAGGUCAAAUAAUAGAAAAACCUUGUGACCUCUCUAGAGGCCAUAUUUUUCAUGGGAUCUGUAUGAAAGUUGGUCUGAAUGUUCAUCUUGAUGAUAUCUAGGUCAAGUUCGAAACAGGGUCAUGUGCGGUCAAAAACUAGGUCAGUAGGUCUAAAAAUAGAAAAACCUUGUUACCUCUCUAGAGGCCAUACUUAUGAAUGGAUCUCCAUAAAAAUUGGUCAGAAUGUUCAUCUUGAUGAUAUGUAGGUCAAGUUCGAAAGUGGGUCACGUGCCUUCAAAAAGUAGGUCAGUAGGUGAAAUAAUGAAAAAACGUUGUGACCUCUCUAGAGGCCAUAUUUUUCAUGGGAUCUGUAUGAAAGUUGGUCUGAAUGUUAAUCUUGAUGAUGUAUAGGUCAAGUUUGAAACUGGGUCAACUGCGAUCAAAAACUAGGUCAGUAGGUCUUGAAAUAGAAAAACCUUGCGACCUCUCUAGAGGCCAUACCCUUGAAUGGAUCUUCAUGAAAAUUGGUCAGAGUGUUCACCUUUAUGAUAUCUAGGUCAAGUUUGAAACUUGGUCACGUGCCUUAAAAGCUAGGUCAGUAGGUCAAAUAAUAAAAAAACCUUGUGACCUCUCUAGAGGCCAUACUUUUCAUGGGAUCUGCAUGAAAGUUGAUCUGAAUGUUCAUCUUGAUGAUAUCUUGGUCAAGUUUGAAACUGGGUCAACUGCGGUCAAAAACUAGGUCAGUAGGUCUAAAAUUAUUAAAAUCUUUUGACCUCUCUAGAGGCCAUAUUUUUCAAUGGAUCUUCAUGAAAAUUGAUCUGAAUGUUCACCUUGAUGAUAUCUAGGUCAGUUUCAGAACUGGGUCACGUGCGAUCAAAAACUAGGCCAGUAGAUAUAAAAAUAGAAAAACCUUGUGACCUCUCUAAAGGCCAUAUUUUUCACGAGAUCUUCAUGAAAAUUUGUGAGAAUAAUCACCUUGAUGAUAUCUAGGUAAAGUUCAAAACAGGGUCACGUAUCUUCGAAAACUAGGUCAAUAGGUCAAAUAAUAGAAAAACCUUGUGACCUCUCUAGAGACCAUAUUUUUCAAUGGAUCUUCAUGAAAAUUGGUCAGAAUUUGUAUCUUGAUAAUAUCUAGGUCAAGUUCAAAACUGGGUCAUAUGAGCUCAAAAACUAGGUCACUAUGUCAAAUAAUAGAAAAAACGACGUCAUACUCAAAACUGGGUCAUGUGGGAAGAGGUGAGCGAUUCAGGACCAUCGUGGUCCUCUUGUUGUUUACACCUGAUUACUUUUGUCAAUAUUCACAUCAUGUGUGCUGAAUGUUUUAUCGCACAAACAUUCUUUCUGAACAUACAAUUACAUGAUCAAACUGUGGAUAUUUUUGUUGUACUUUCAUGAAUAUUUUUUUCAUUCUCGUAAAUGUUAUGUUUAAUGAUUUUUUACCAAAUUUUGAAUGUAUAGAUUGUUAAAAUUGAUAACUUUUGACUGUAUUUUUGAAGUACUUCCCUGAUUGGGACAAGUGCAGUUUCAGUUAAUUGUUUAGCUCAACUAUUUUAAGUUAUUUUUUAAAUAAAAAGCUAUUGUCACACAAUGGACCUCUGCAUCACAGAAGCUUUGCAUGUAUGCAUGUUUCUCUAAAAUUACUGGGGAAAAUGCUUUCAAAUUUAACACAAAUAAUUGGCAUCUUGAGUUCACCUCUUUUGACAAUAUACAUAACUCUAAAGUUUUUAUUUUUGUCAAAAUUUUGCCCACUGAUAAUUAAAAAAAUUCAGUCAGUUUUGCAUGUAAGCAGAUCUGUCAAAAUUUUCAAGGUCAAAUGCUUUCGAACUGUGUACAUGUCUUUGACAUCACAAGUUGACCUUACAAGGCGUGUUACAUAAUUCUUGCUUUAUUUCUUUUUAAAUUAUGCCUUGUUUAAACUUAGAAAGUUCUGCAUGUGAACAGGUUUCUUUGAAAGUAUACUAGGCCAAAUGCUUUCAAACUCUACACAAGUCUUUGACGUCAUAAGAUGACCUUACAGGGCAAGGGAUAUAACUAUACCUUUAUUUUGUUGAAAUUAUGCCCCAUUUUAAGCAGUGGAAAGUGUGUAUAAGCAUUUUUAUCAAGAUCAAAAGAAGUGAUUUUUAUAGGUGCUAUUUUCAAUUAGUCCUGUUCUUUACAAGGAACAGCAUCUUACUUUGUUUUAUGCUGUAUAUAGGAUAGAUCUGUAUAUUUUGAUUGUGAGUUUUUAUACUGCCUUUACAAGGAACAGCAUCUUACUUUGUUUUAUACUGUAUAUAGGUUAGAUCUGUAUAUUUUGAUUGUGAGUUUUUAUACUGCCUUUACAAGGAACAGCAUCUUACUUUGUUUUAUACUGUAUAUAGGUUAGAUCUGUAUAUUUUGAUUGUGAGUUUUUAUACUGCCUUUACAAGGAACAGCAUCUUACUUUGUUUUAUACUGUAUAUAGGUUAGAUCUGUAUAUUUUGAUUGUGAGUUUUUAUACUGGCUUUGUUCUUGUAAUUCCGUCUUUUCAUAAAGGCAGAUGGUAUUUCUCUUAGAGUCGCUUGAUGUGUUUUUAGCUCACCUGUCACAUAGUGACAGGGUGAGCCGUGAUAGCCCUUUGUCCAUUGUCCAUCGUCCGUCCGUCCGUCCGUCCACAAUUUCUUGUGAACACGAUAGAGACCACAUUUUGCAAUCGAUUUUAAUAAAUCUUGCACACAACUUGUAUUGGCAUAAUAUUUUGGUUGCUUUCGAAAACUGGCCAAAUUCCUUCAUGGGUUCCAGAGUUAUGGCCCCUUAAAGGGCCAAAAUUUGCUGUUUUUGGCUUGUGAACAUGACAGAGACCACCGUUUGCAGUUGAAUUAAUAAAACUUGCACACAACUUGUAUUGGCAUGAUAUCUCGGUUCCUUUCGAAAACUGGCCAGAUCCCAUCAUGUGUUCUAGAGUUAUGGCCCCUUAAAUGGCCAAAAUUUGCUAUUUUUGGCUUGUGAACACGAUAGAGACCACAUUUUGCAAAUGAUUUUAAUUGAACUUGCAGAACUUGUAUUGGUAUAAUAUCACAGUUACUUUUGAAAACUGGCCACAUCACAUCAUGGGUUCUAGAGUUGUGGCCCCUGAAAGGGCCAAAAAUUGCUAUUUUGGCUUUUGCAGCCAUAUAAAGACUUCAGUUAUGGUUUUAUUUGAUACAAACUUGCAAAAUACCUUUAUCAACAAUAGAUCUUGGAUUCCAUGAUGAAUCCAGCAGAUCCAAUCAUAGGUUCCAGAGUUACGGCCCCUUAUUGACCCCUGAAAGAGCCAAAAUUUGUUAAUUUUACCUUGUGAAUAUUUUACCUAGGAUUUUAACUACACUUACAACUUAAGUCACAAUAAUAUCUUGGUUCCUUUCGAAAACCGGCUAGAUUCUGUCAUGGAUUCUAGAGUUACUGCCGCUAAAAGGGGAAAACUUUCUGUAUUGGCGCUUUCAGCCAUAUAGAGGUUUCAUUUAUGCUUUGAUUUGAAAUCAAAGAAUAAGCUUGUUUUACACUCUAGGGGGCACAUUUUUUAUUCUAUCUUCAUAAAACUUGGUCAGAAUGUUUGUUAUCAUAAAGUCUUGGAUGAUUUCAAAUCUGGGUCACGUGGGGUCAAAAACUAGGUCACUAGUUCAAAUCAAAGGAAAAGCUUGUAUACAUUUCUAGAGGGCAUAUUUAUUACCCUAUCUUCAUGAAACUUGGUAAGAAUGUUUAUCUUGAUGAAUCCUAGGCCAAGUUCGAAACUGGGUCAUGUGGGGUCAAUUUUCCCUAAACUUUGUCAGGCUGUUUGUUUUCAUGAAAUCUUGGACAAGUUUGAAUCUGGGUCAUGUUGGGUAAAAAAUUAGGUCACUAGGCCAAAUCAAAGAAAAUGCUUGUGUACACUCAAGAGGCCACAUAUUUGGUCCAAUCUUGAUGAAAAUUGGUCAGAAUAUUUGUCUCCAUGAAAUCACUUGGUAAAACAUGAUUACACUGUUAUGGUGUGUAACUCUGGUGAGCGACCUAGGGUCAUCUUGGCCCUCUUGUAUUGGUUUUUUUUUGGAGCAUUUGAUUCAGUUUUGUUUAUGAUUUGAUCAGUCUUUAAAUGGUUGAAAAUCUACUUAACUUAGAUUGAAUGAUAGUUAUUGUGAUCAUCAAUACGUAAAGUAGACAAAAGUUGUUGUUUUUUUUGUCUGUUUAAACCAAGGGUUCAGGGUGAGCUACUAGUGUAGGUGGCUGCAAGGCACUUGACCCCUUUUAGGGGCAAAUAGAGCUAAAGAUGGAAAUACCUUUUAACAACUUCUCAUGAACUUCUUGAUGGAAAAUCAUCAAACUUGGUCUAUGGCAUCAUUCUAAGGUCUUCUCUCAAAUCUGUUCAGUUUGGGGUGCUCGGCCCCUUUCAGGAGCCACUAAAGCUACAAAUAUAAAAUCUUAUUAAAUGAACACUUCUUAUAAACCACUUGAUGGAUCUUCAUCAAAUUUUGUAUGUAGAAUCAUUUUAAGUUACUCAGAUUUGUUCUAAAGGGGGCACUUGACCUGUUUUAUUUUUUGUAUGCUAAACACGGGCUAUACCAUUAAUGAUUCAGUGUAUCAUACAUAUAUUCAAGGUCAAAUAGUCAAGGUCAGGCAAGUUAUUUAUUACUUACUUGCUUCAGCCAGCUUGUAUAAACUACAGUUGCACUGUACUUUAUGUUUGUGUAAGAAUCUCUCAAAAUGAUCUCUCAUUUGAAGGGAAACAUUUACUUCUCUUAGGUCGCUUACAGCUGUUGAUUUUUAUGUUUAUUUUUGAGGCACCAACAUUUUUUGUGGAGGUGGGGAGUCAGAGUUGCCCUUGUCUGUCAGUCUGUCUGAAUUUAUGUCAGGCAUGUCUGACCCAGAGUCAUCAAACCUAACAGGGUUGUCGUUAAGUAUGUGAAGUUGUGCACCAUGUGUUUUAAUUGAGUUUUCGCCAAACCAGCCCAGAGUUAUAGCCCUUGACUUAGUCAAAAAUAUGCAAAAAAAUGGCCUAAAAAUUUUUUGUGGCAUGUAUCUCAAAAAGUAUUUGACCUAGAAUCAUGAAACAUUAUAGAAAUAUUCUUCCUUCAGCUUAUGAAGUUGUGCACCUAGGGUUUUGUUUGAGAUUUCACUCAGCCAGACCAGACUUAUGGACCUUGACUUAGUCAAGAAUAUGCAUAAAAGGCAUAAAAGUUGUGUCGAAUGCAUCUCAAAAAAUAUUUAGCUUAGAGUUGUAAAGCAUUACAGGAUUGUUAUAUAGCAUGUGAAGUUGUGCACAUGGUGUUCAGUUUUGGAUUUCACUCAGCCAGACCAGAGUUAUGGCCCUUGACUUAGUGAAAAAUACACAUUAAGUGUUUAAAAUUUUGUGUUGCAUGUGUCUUAAAAAGGUUUUGUCAUUGAGUCAUGAAACCAUGAAGGAAUGUUCUUCAGCAUGUGAAUUUAAGUGCAUCUUUAGAUUUUGGAUUUCACGCAGUAUGUAAUGGUUGUUGACUUAGUCAAAAAUAAGUAUUUAGAGCAUAAAAAAUUUUGUCGCCUGCAUCUCAAAAUAUAUUUGACCUGGAGUCAUAAAACAUUAAAGGAUUGUUGUAUAGACUGUGAAGUUGUGCACUUGAUGUACUGUUUUGGAUCUCACUCAGCCAGACCAGAGUUAUAGUUCUUGACUUACUUAAAAAUAUACAUGAAGUACUUAAAAGUUCUAAGUUGCAGGUAUCUUAAAAAGCAUUUCAUCUAGAGUCAUACUGACUUUGGGAUAUUUUCGUCAUGGUUAAUUUUUCGCCUAUUUCGCCACCCAUAUGAAGUGGCAAAAAUAUAAAGCUCAAAAAUAUACCUAUGUCCAAAAUUUGACACCAUAUAAACGUUAACACUGCAAUACCUGUUUACAUUGAUUAUCGAUUGCAAAUACCUUACAUCGAGUAUAAAAGGAUAAUUCCUUUUGUUUUACCUGUAUUGUUACAAAAACAAGAAACCCGAGAUUUUCUCACCUUGACCAAUUUUUAUUAAAUCUAUUGAAUACGUGUAGUUGAUAAUUAAUGUUAAAAUUUUGAUACACUUACUGUACAUGGUUGUCACAGUGUGAAAACAAACAUGUCUAUUCUCAGAUAUUUUCAACAAAACAUUUUAACGAAUUUUAUUGCUUUUGUUUUAAUUCAAUUCACAAUUUUUUUAUGUAUAUACCAGAUAUAAUAAAGUCACAUGUACGCAGUUUGUGUUGUGGAUAAUUGCAGAAAAGUAACCUAACAUGGCAACUUUUCAAAAAUGCGGGUAAUGUUGUUGGAUUUUGAUGAAAUUUUUGGGCAAAUUUUCACCACCUAUGUAAGAAGGCAAAAAAUACACAUGCCAAAAUAAAAACACUACAUUUUGGGUUGAAAGGGCGAAAAUUUGCUGACACGAAAAUAUCCCAAAGUAUGGUAAUACCAUGUAGAAAGACAGGAUGGGGGCCCCAGUGUCCUAUAGAUACACAUCUUGUCUCUUAUUUUAUCUAUGAAAUCAUGUAUGUGGAAAACUGGAUGGCUGUUUUGUGUCACUUUGUACUUGAAUUUGGUUUUUCUUAUGUAAUCUGGAGUAUACUUUGAAAAGGGCAUGUAAGUUGAAACAUAAAUGAAAUAAGGCUCAAAGCAAUUCUUGAUAUGAAGGUUUUAUGCACAGCACCAACAAGUUCUUUUAUAAUAUAGUUUGUCCACAAUACCUCUCUAUACUGUUGGCAAAAUCCGAAUGCAGUUAGUAAACAUUUGGCACAAAUAUACCAGUAUGUAGUUAUGGCCCUUUGAUUUUUAUACAUAAAGUCAACAUAGUAAUUUCAUCUUGGAGUCAAAAAUCUUGUUGCUGCAUCACCUUGUAAACCACUGUUCAGAUUACUAAAAUAAAUUUAACAGCAGUGAAUGGUAUGAACUGCAUACUAUCGAAACAUCCUGUUAGAGUAGUUACUUCAGGGGUAUGGCCCUUAGAAAGGACCUUUCGUAAUAAAAUUUAUCUGGACUUCUUCUCCAGAACAGUAUCUAGGCCUGUAAUUUUUCAGGACAGUUCCUGAUUUCAAGUUUUCGACUGCCAUAAUUUCCUCUAUACAACUAUUGAAAAAGGACAUUACAGACUUUAGAAUGUAGAUUUUCAAGUCUUCUAUUUUUGACUGAAUCCCAGGCCCGAAUGUAACUGGUGGUUUAACCUUUAGCCUGCUGGCAGCAAGUGAUUCUGCCUUUGUGACCUUCGCUGUUCAGUUAGUAAAUUUUCAGUGAACACCCCUUCGAAUAAUAAGUGGUACUGCUCAAAUUGAAUGAUGGAACAGUUCAUUUUAGGAAUUUAGCAGGGUAAAGGUUAAAAUAAAACUUCAUACACAUGAUCAGUACAAGGUCUAGUUUGGCUUUAUGGAUUUUAGAUCUGGAUGAUUUUAUAUGGAGUAAUGACACUUUAAUAUUAAAUUCUUACCGAUUUUUUUUUCAAAAACAACCAUCUAGGUCCUCAUUUUAGUUCUUCGCCAGUUUUAACCGAAUUUAUAUAUCUUAUGUAAAAAAAAGUCAGAUCUUAUAUUUUUAUGACCUUUUAUCGAAAAUUCUUUUCUCACCAAUUUUACACCUGAAUAGUAUUGAAUUUUCUUUGUAUAUCGUGGCAAAAUGAAUUAAUUCUUUUUUUUUUUUUUGUAAAUAAAUUUAAAUAUUAUCUUUACAUGCAUGUUGAUCAUAGUUUGAAUUGUAUAGUGUAAAUUUAUAGUUUUAUAUUUAAAUGUGUUUGAGACAUUGUUUUCUGCUCUAUCUUGACCAGGAAAUAAAAAUAUUAAUAUAUUA